AUAAAAGGCAAAGCAAGAUAAGAGGCAGGGACAGGGCUGGGCUGUGGGUCCAUCCAUCAGUGCAGUAUUGGAGUCUCAUGAAGGAAUUCGGCACAGUUGGGGUUUUUUUUGGGCAUUUGACCUGACUUCAAGUCAGAGCUCCUCCCCUGGUAAUGGUCUCCUUUUUCUGCAGCAUUUUUCAAAUAAGCUUUGCCAAGUUGUCAGGUGAGAAGGAAGAGCUGGAGGAGAUCCAGUGACUCUCACCAACCAUGAGCAGUGGACUGAAUGUCAAAGUCAUAUCUCAGAGUCAGAGUGACGCAGGUGUCAGCUCGAGUCUGCCUUUACCUCGGAGCAUGAUGCCUCUCUCGAAGAUGGAUCCCAAACAACAAUACAGUGGCCUCCCCAACCCCACAGUGCAGUAUCAGCAUGGCACCAAAAGACGGCCUUCCUUUUCUUCAUCCUCUGUGUCCACGGAUCCAGCAGAGAUGCUCAGAGGUGCAGCUUUAAAGAACCAUCUGCUGCAGCAAAAAACUGGCAUGUAUUCUCAUCGAAGCCCUGCAGCUACAGAGCGAACCGAUGGAACGUGCUCAGCAUACAGCAGCCCUCAAAUAUCAAAGAGAGAAGUCCCGCGCUCUAAAGACACACUGGACCUCCGCACCAGCACGCUGACCCACAAGGCUUUACGAGAUCUCCAGUUAAAAAGAACCACCAACAAAAAUUGGACCUUUGGAAAAUAUCGGCUGCGGACUGUGGACAAUGCAGUUGAGGAUAAUGGCUUGUGCAGGCUCCCUGCUAAUGUCCAAGUAGGCCACGGAAGAGGUCGUCUGCUGUAUACUAAAGGUGCAAACGGGAAUGAGAUAUCUGGACUGUCUUCAGUUGGAACAGGCAACAUCCAAAAAGAGAUGAGGAACAUUUCCAACCAGGACCUGCAAGCUUCUGAAGGAGAGGUGUCCAGUAACAAAUCAAAGACCUCACAUCAAACGUUCAACAUGCCACGCAGAGGGAGUGAGCCUGGAAAAGUCAACAUGGCCACUGUUGCUCCCUUUAGGUUCAGGUUUCAGCUCCAUGAGGACCUAGAUGCCUCCCUUGAUGAUCUUAGUGACUGUUCCUCUGACUCCAUGGAGGUCGAUCUUGACCCUGAAUCCCAGAGGAAGCGGACCGUGCAAAAUGUCCUUGACCUCCGCCAGAACCUGGAGGAUACAAUGUCGAGUCUGAGGGGCUCACAGCUUAGCCAUAGCUGCCUGGACAGCAGUAAUGUGGGCUAUGACAGCGAUGACACCAACGCUCGCAGCAUAUCCAGCAUGUCCAACCGCUCAUCGCCUCUCUCCUGGCGCCAUGGCCAGUCAAGCCCACGUCUUCAAGCGGGCGAUGCCCCGUCCUCCACAGGUGGAGGAUACCAGGGAAGUAAGACUGGCUCCCAGUAUACGGCACAUACAAUGCCAGCUCGCUGCUCCAGCCGCCUCACCAGCACAUCUCGCAUUGAGCUCAUCGAAGGGUUGGACGUGGAUGACACCGACCUCAAGUCUGGUUACCUGAGUGACAGUGACCUUCUAGGAAAGAGCUUGCCGGAUGAUGAUGACGACAACCUGGCAAACGGUUGGGACGAGAGCAGCUCCAUCAGCAGUGGGCUCAGCGAUGGCGAUGGCGAUGGCUCGGAAAACCUCAGUUCAGAGGAGUUCAACGCCAGCUCCUCCCUUAACUCCCUCCCGAGCACACCCCUGGGAUCCAGACGCAACUCUUCUGUUAUGCUCCGCACUGAUGCGGAGAAGCGCUCCCUGGUGGAAAGUGGACUUUCUUGGUACAGCGAGGAUGGUAAAGCCAGCCACAAGCUCAAUAGUUGCAGUUAUGACACGGGGAGUCUCAAGACAGAGGCCCCAAGCAAGUGGAGAAAGAAGCCUCCAAGUCUCAGUGAAGAUUCAGGGGGGAAAGGAGAGCUGAAGAAGCCUCAAAGUUUGGGUCAACCAGGCAGUUUCAAGAAAGGUCGUAAUCCUCCUGUAGGCGUGACUUCCCCCAUCACCCAUACUUCUCAGAGCACAUUGAAAGUUGCAGCACCUAAAAGUGAGAGGCCACUGGACAAAUCCAAGAUUUCCAUCAAAACUGCUGGUCUACAGCGAUCUCGUUCAGAUGCUGGCAGGGAUCAUCAUCAUGGAGAGCACCGCAAGCCCCCGUCAGGUUUAGUUAAACCCACUGCUGGAGCCUCCUUUGGCUACAAGAAACCACCAACAGCCACCGGUACCGCCACUGUUAUGACAGCAGGGGGAGCCACCAUCUCCAGUGGCUCCGCUACUGUGGGGAAAACCCCCAAGUCAUCCGGUAUCCCUGUGAAGCCUGUGGGAGGAGGAACGCCCUCAGGUCGAAAGAACAGUUUUGAUGCCAGCAGUGAGCAGAGCUUCCUGGGGCCAAAUGCCCGAAACAGCAUACAGUACCGCAGCCUGCCUCGACCGGCCAAAUCGAGCACGCUCAGUGUGAUUGGUCGCCCUGCACCUCGGCUUGUCAGCGGUACCAUUGACCCCAGUCUGUUGAGUCUGAAACCUGUGCCCAUGGCAUCCACAGGCCCCAGAGUUAAAGAGCCUAGUAGCUGCAGCAGUAAAAGCGCUAAUCGAACAAGCACAGGCCCAGUGAACCAGACUGACCGAGAGAAGGAGAAGGAGAGAGCCAAAGCCAAGGCUGUGGGUGCUGACAUAGACUGUGGUUCUCUGAAGGGAGAAGAGACUCAGUCCACGGGAGAGUCAGCUAUGAAACUACACGGCCUGAGACGGACCAGCAGCAGCAAAUACCCUGAACUGUCCUCACCCACCACACCAAGGAUGCUGAACACUAAGUCUCUGGGUCGCACUCCCAACUUGGCUCUCUUGGACAAAGUCAACUCCAACAGUCUUGAUUCCUGUGUGACCAUCCAGGACCUCCCGCCCAAAGUCCCCCCAUAUUCCAAGCUACAAGACUUGGCUGGUUCCCACACCUCUGCCCGCCUCACCCCCAGCCCGGCGCCUGUGCUCCAUAUCGAUUCCCCCGGCUCCUAUACCAGUGACAGCCUGAGUCUGAGUGGAUCACCGCUGCUCUACCCCAAGCUGUCUGGCAUGCACCGCAGCAUGGAGUCCCUGCCCCUCCAGAUGAGCGUGCCCUCCAGUUCUAGGUUUGUCAAAACUGAGAUGCAUGAGAAGGAAGAGAGGGGUGCAGGAACCUGGGGAGCCGGAAGUAGGACAUCCCUCAACCUAACAGAUAGCUUGCAAACAGACAGAAACACUUUGCCAAAGAAAGGCUUAGAACGCUAUGGCUCAAGCCUGUCAGAGAGUGAAGGAAGCAAACCAGGCAGGCGCCACUCCCACACCAUAGUCAGUAUGACAGAGAGCGAUAGCCCCCCUCAGCUGCCUUCACCCACCCGCCCUCUCUACCCCUCCUCCAGCAAGGCUCCUCUCACCAACGUGGUUGCCCCAAUUUCUAGUGGCACCCCGAGGAUAUCGCGCUCAAACAGCAUUGGCCCUCCGAGUGAAUCAGCCUGUGAUCUCUAUGGAUCCUCCCCCCUGGGCAGCAGUAUGUCCCUGGCUGAUCGGCCAAAAAGUAUGAUGCGGUGUGGGUCUUUCCGUGAACCAGGAGAAGAUGUGCACGGCUCUGUACUGUCUUUGGCAUCCAACGCUUCAUCCAACUAUUCCUCGAAUGAGGAGAGGAUACAAGGAGAGCAAAUCCGCAAGUUGAGGCGAGAGCUGGAGUCCUCCCAGGAAAAGGUUGCCGACUUGACCAUGCAGCUUUCUGCCAAUCAGCUAGGCCAGGCUAAUCUGGUAGCAGCAUUUGAGCAGAGUCUGGCGUUGAUGACGGCACGCCUCCAGACCCUGUCGACCUCCUCGGAGCAAAAGGAGUCUGAGCUCACUGACCUGAAGGAUACCAUCGAGAUUCUGAAGGUCAAAAAUACAGAGGCCCAAGAAAUCAUUCAUGGAGCUCUCAGUAAUCCGGACAUCACACCUAAAGAACUGCUGAUUAAUCGUCAGAACUCUUCAGAAAGCAUCUCGAGCCUCACCAGCACCACCAGCCACUCUAGUAUGGGUAGUCUUAAAGAGCAGGAGGCCAAAAAGAAGAAGAAGAAGAGUUGGGUCUUUGAGUUACGCAGUUCUUUCAACAAGGCCUUUAGUAAAAAGGGCUCCAAGCCGUCAGGGCCAUAUGCUGACAUUGAGGAAAUUGCUACCCCAGAAUCCUCUGCACCUUCCUCCCCCAAAGUCCACCAUGACGUAGGCAACCCCCCAUCGUCAAUGAAAUCCUCAACCUCUGCAUCAUCAUCAGGACUCUGUGAAGGAGGCGAGGUGGCAGAUGACAAAGUUGUAUCAGAACUGCGUACAGAGCUGUGGGAGAAGGAGCGCAAACUGACAGACAUCCGCCUGGAGGCUCUAAGCUCUGCCCAUCACCUGGAGCAGCUGCAGGACGCUAUGACCAACAUGCAGAGGACAGUGGAGAACCUGAAGGCUGAGAACGACCACCUGAAGACAGGAACUCUGUCCCCCUGUCCAUCUCCUGGUCCCUCCAGCUCUGUGUCCCAGUCCUCAGGUCUCACUGCUCUGGGGAGUUCAUCACCUCGUCAGUCAGUAGCCAUGCCCAUGCCCAAAAGCUACAGCAGGGGGCUGAGUGAGGGCAGCUCAGAUGUCCACUCCACAGAUUCUCUCAGUCUUUCCACACAGCGGGAUGAUCACCGUGUUAGGGUGGUGGUGUGUGUUGCAGAUUUGCACGUCUUCAAAGAUGAGGUUAAGCAGCAGGAUUUCUUUGUCGGCACUGUGAGGGUGAAUGGCAGAAUGGACUGGCCCAUGCUGGAUUCAGCUGUCAGCCAAGCUUUCAAGGUGUACAUAGCCAAAGUGGACCCCACUUCGAGUCUGGGCCUGUCUACAGACUCCAUCUAUAGUUACAGUAUGGGCCACAUUAAGAGAGUGCUAGGAGGAGAAGCUCCAGAGACACAGCCCUCUCGCUGCAUGUCCCGAGGCCCCAAUGGCAUCACAGUGGCUCUGAAAGGUUUGAAGGAGAAGUGUGUGGACAGCCUGGUAUUCGAAACUCUCAUUCCCAAACCCAUGAUGCAACACUACAUAAGUCUGCUACUCAAACACCGCCGUCUCAUCCUGUCUGGGCCAAGUGGGACAGGUAAGAGCUACCUUGCUUCCCGGCUGGCUGAGUACCUAGUGGACCGGAGCGCCCGUGAGGUCACCGACGGCAUUGUGGUCACCUUCAACAUGCACCGCCAGUCAUGCAAGGAUCUGCAGCUUUAUCUUUCCAACUUGGCCAAUCAAAUCGAUCGGGAAACCAGCACGUCAGAAAUACCGCUGGUAGUUAUUCUGGAUGAUAUUCAUGACCCUGCAUCCAUCAGUGAGCUUGUCAAUGGUGCUCUUACCUGCAAAUAUCACAAAUGUCCUUACAUUAUCGGAACAAGCAAUCAGCCAGUGAAGAUGAUAGCGAACCACGGCCUCCAUCUCAGCUUCAGGAUGGUGACCUUCUCCAACAAUGUGGAGCCAGCCAACGGCUUCCUGGUGCGCUACUUGCACAGGAAGCUAAUGGAGUCAGAGGAUGAGAGAAGCUUGACCAACGAGGACCUGAUCAGGGUGUUAGACUGGGUGCCUAAACUGUGGUAUCAUCUGCACACCUUCCUGGAGAAGCACAGCACAUCAGACUUCCUCAUUGGUCCUUGCUUUUUCCUGUCCUGUCCAGUCACGGUGGAAGAGUUUCGAUCGUGGUUUAUCGACCUUUGGAAUCACUCUAUUAUCCCUUACCUCCAAGAGGGGGCAAAGGACGGCAUCAAGGUCCACGGGCAGAAGGCGGUAUGGGAGGACCCAGUGGAGUGGGUGAGGGGUACACUGCCUUGGCCGUCUGCCCAGCAGGACCAGGCAAAGCUGUUCCACCUGCCUCCCCCAAGCAUUGGCUCCAGCAGCCCUGGUCAGCCCUUAGAAGAGAGGCCUCACAAGGAAACUCCACCCAGCUCCAUGGAAUCUGAUCCACUGAUGGCGAUGCUUUUGAAACUUCAAGAGGCUGCCAAUUACAUCGAAUCCCCAGACAAAGAAGACCCUAGCCUGCCUAAACUUUGAACACAAAGCUUACACUUAGCACUUCAAUUUUUUUUUUUUUUUUUUUUUUGUCCACUAUAAUGACGCAGUGCACAUUUAGGAACAAAUGAACCCUCAGAAAUGGUUGUAGGGUGAUUUAAAUGGUCAUUCCCACAGUAGGUUAAAAGUGUAACUGGGUAAUUAUACAACAUCUUAACACAUACAGUAUUUUGAUAAGACUGUUGACCAGUAUUGAAUGAAAAGCUAUAUUCUAUCACUUUGCUAUGUGUUUGACUGGACAACAUUCACCAGUUCACAACUCUUUACCACCACGUUAGCCCUCAGUACUCUUAGAUCGGUGCUAAUAGAUCACUACGCAACUCAGCACUUAGAUUUCAGGUGAUUUCUGCAGCAGCACACGCAGUUCAUCCUGUUUUUUGCUCAAGUGCAUCAUGGGAUAUGGAGUCCUUGUCCACAGGAGCUAUUAUCAGUUAUGGUGUAAGUCAUUU